GACAAUGUAAUAAUUAGCACUCUACAAAACAAUCCCUAAACUCAAGGUUAAGACACCAAUUCAUUAAUACUCUCACUUAAUUAUUUUAGAUCUUGAAAUAAAGUAUAGUUUCUUAUUUUAUUUUAUUUUAUUUCUUAUAUCCACCGGCAAAAUGAGAGAUCACUGAGAACAAAAGCUCUUUGUUAUUACACAAGGAAGAACAAGAAGAAGAACAGCGACAAGUCUGCUCUGAUGUUGUGUUCAGGAUCGUUACGAAUCAAUGAUGCAGCUUCACAUAUCGCCUAGCAUGAGAAGCAUCACGAUCUCGAGCAGCAAAGUCGCAGCUCGUCACAUCUCUUACCGAACUCUCUUCCACACCAUCUUGAUCCUCGCCUUCUUGUUGCCUUUCGUCUUCAUCUUAACCGCUCUCGUUACCCUCGAAGGUGCCAACAAGUGCUCCUCCAUUGAUUGUUUAGGGAGGAGGUUAGGUCCACGUCUUCUUGGUAGGGUAGAUGAUUCAGAGAGACUAGCUAGAGACUUUUUUAAAAUCCUAAACGAAGCAAGUACUCAAGACAUUCCAGAUGGUUUGAAGCUUCCAGAUUCUUUUAAUCACCUUGUUUCAGAUACCAAGAACAACCACUAUGAUCCCAAGACAUUUGCUCUUGUCCUGCGAGCCAUGAUGGAGAAGUUCGAACGAGACAUUAGACAAACUAAAUUUGCAGAGCUCACCAACAAGCACUUCGCAGCAAGCUCCAUCCCCAAAGGCAUUCACUGUCUCUCCCUAAGACUGACAGAUGAAUACUCCUCCAACGCUCACGCUCGUCGUCAACUUCCUUCACCAGAGCGUCUCCCUCUCCUUUCAGAUAACGCUCGCCACCAUUUCAUCCUCUCCACCGACAAUAUACUGGCUGCAUCGGUUGUGGUCUCCUCCGCAGUGCAGUCAUCUUCAAACCCGGAGAAAAUAGUCUUCCACAUCAUCACAGACAAGAAGACCUACGCCGGUAUGCAUUCUUGGUUCGCGCUAAACUCUGUGGAUCCUGCUAUUGUGGAAGUUAGAGGCGUUCAUCAGUUUGACUGGCUGACGAGAGAGAAUGUUCCGGUUCUGGAAGCUCUGGAGAGCCAUAACGGUCUCAUGAACUAUUACCAUGGGAGUCAUGUCGCUGGUGCAAACCUCAGUGAAACAACUCCGAGGAGAUUUGCUUCGAGGUUGCAGUCUAGAAGUCCUAAAUACAUAUCUUUGCUCAACCAUCUUAGAAUCUAUAUACCUGAGCUUUUUCCGAACUUGGACAAGGUGGUGUUCUUAGACGAUGAUGUAGUUGUUCAGAGAGACUUGGCUCCGCUUUGGGAUGUUGACCUUGGUGGUAAGGUCAACGGAGCAGUGGAGACUUGCCAUGGUGAAGAUGCAAGUGUGAUGUCAAAGAGGUUAAGGAACUACUUUAAUUUCUCUCACCCGCACAUAGCAAAGCAUUUGAAUCCUGAGGAAUGCGCUUGGGCGUAUGGUAUGAAUGUAUUCGAUCUAAAGGCUUGGAGAAAGACAAACAUCAGAGAAACGUAUCACUCCUGGCUAAGAGAGAAUCUGAAGUCGAAUCUGACAAUGUGGAAGCUUGGAACCUUGCCUCCUGCUCUUAUUGCGUUUAAGGGUCACGUCCAUGUAAUAGACUCGUCAUGGCAUAUGCUUGGUUUAGGCUAUCAGAGCCAGACAAACACAGAGAGUAUCAGGAAAGCUGCAGUGAUCCAUUACAAUGGGCAGUCAAAGCCGUGGCUGGAGAUUGGUUUCGAGCAUCUCAGGCCGUUUUGGACAAAAUACGUCAACUACUCGAAUGAUUUCAUCAAGAACUGUCACAUCUUGGAGUAGCGAAAAAACGAAACUUUCUACGGGUGUAAGAGACAGAGGAAAGAUAUUAGGAAGGGAAGAGAUAAAAACAGGAGCAGAGCACUGCAGGUUUUACUCUACAAGAUUAAGAAAUAUUAGUUAGCCACAUACUUAAGAAACCUGUUGCAGAACAAAGGUGCUGAUGCAGCAUAAGAGAAAGGGAGAGAGAGAUACAAGAAUCAUUCUUUCUGUAGAAUAGAAGGUACCCUUUUGGAAAUUCUUUCGGAGAAUACGAAUUUGUGAGUCUGUUAUAAGAUUGGAUUAUCUUAAUUUAUUUAUAUUGGUUAUGAAGGGGGGUGGUGAUGAUUAAAUUAAGGGCAGUUGUUGAUAGUUGAAGAACAAUGUAUAAACACUUCUGUUGCUUUUGCUCUACAUCUAUCUUAUUAUGCCAUUUCGGUUC